UAGAAUGCCUCUUGCGGAAUAAAUUCAUGUCGUCGGUUCAUAAAAUGCGAGUUCUUUUAUUGUUUGAAACCGACCAUGUAAUGGACAAAAAACAAGGUAUAUCAGACGAGUCAAACGGGUAGUUCAGAUGUGGCUGUUGAUUUGAAUACUAUGGACUACAUGAAUAUAUCAGGAUAAGAUUACGAAUUCUGAGAAAAAAAGCUUGGUCUCUGUAUCCGACGGUUAACAAUGGGGACUAAACUUUUUAGUCCAAAAAUCACAUAUCUACACAGUCGUCUAAUGCCUCAUCUGCAAUUCCAAGCGGGACACAGUGGGUGCAAUGUGGAACGGCCUUUCGCAAUGUUAAAUAUUAUUUCACGAAAAACCAGCAGAAGAAAUUGCAGUGUACGAGCUAGUGGAAUAAGUAUAGAAGAAAUGCUGAGCAUUGGGCAAUUGCAGGACCAGCCUCCCGUAGAUUUAGAAGGCUUCAUGGACAAAGUUUCUCUAUGCAAUCGGGGAAUUGAAAAAAAAUCAGAGUUUCUACCUUUUGUUGUUGAGAAGAAUAUUGUUGGCUAUAUCCAUCCAUCAAUAGUAGAGCACCUCAAACAGUUUGAAGAUGUAUUCACAAUACAAAGUACUGUUGAAGGCCAGAAUGCUAUGUUUACAAAUGAAACUCACAUCAAUAGCUUUGUCACUCUCCACCAUCAAUUGAAAACUGCAGAUGAGAGAACUGAAGCAGUAGGAGUUGCAAUUAAGUGGUUAAAUAAAGCAGGAAUUAUUCUUGGUUUACGAAAUGAGUUAAACCCGGUGGUCCUAACAUUUGGAGGUGAGUUGCUUUUUUCAUUGGAGCGUGCAGCUGUUCCAUAUUUUGGUACCAAGGCUUAUGGUGUCCAUAUGAAUGGCUAUGUUAAUAUUGGUGGUGAAAAAAGUCUUUGGAUAGGAAAGCGAAGUGAGACAAAAUCAACAUUUCCAGGCAUGCUGGACCAUCUUGUUGCAGGAGGGCUGCCCAAAGGGAUCACUUGUAAAGAAAAUAUGAUUAAAGAAUGCAGUGAAGAAGCUGGUAUUCCAAGGAAUGUUGCUGAAAUGGCUGUCCCAGUUGGAGCUGUUAGCUAUGAGGAUAUUUAUAGGAAUUGUUUCAAGAGAGAUGUACUUUUUUGUUAUGAUCUGCUGCUUCCACAUGACUUCCGACCGAGAAACAUAGAUGGAGAGGUAGAGAGGUUCAUGCUGGUUCCAGUUUCGCAAGUAGCAAAUGUCAUUUACAAAACUAAACUUUACAAGCCAAAUUGUUCACUUGUCAUCAUCGAUUUCUUCUUUCGUCAUGGCUCUCUAGUGGUAAUCUUUCUGUUACUUAGCAUUUUCUAUUGACAGAAAUAGAUGGUACAUAAAUCCAGACCAGCCAGGUUACUUGCACCUGUUGCAGAGUUUGCGAAGAGGUGAAUGCUUGUGAGGCUAAGGCCGACAUCCUGUGUGCACUGAGACUGUCUCCAUUGCCUCAAAUCCUGUCUUCGCCCCUUUUCUUUCAAAUACAAACAAAUAUGAAUGCCUCCUUACCAAAUUAUUUUCGUAAUGUUUAAAGUAUGAACAGACAUUUGACCAUAGCUGGUAGAAGUUAGCAAAUGUUUUAAGUUAGUCAUAUGAGAAUUGCGUUAAGAGUUGAACAAUGUUUUGUAAUCUGUUAAAAAGCUAUGGGAAUGGAACUUUAUUCUAAUGAUUCAAAAUGUGAUUCAACAGUCAAUGCACUGCAAAGAGGUGGCUUAUUUUGUAAUACAUUAUAUGGCUGAAGCAGCUCAGUAACUUAUUAUUGAAUUCUAGCGUUUGAUGCAGGACUACUCUAGAAUAAUGAAAAAAACCCCAUGAUUAGAUUUA